CGGUCCAGCCUCGGUGGGCGGGGCCAUGGGAGGUGCGGAGGCGUUGCCCCGCAGAGGGCCCGCGCGGGCUCAGCCUUCAAGGGCCACCGGUGGGGACGGCAGCUCAGCGUGCUAAGAGGCCGUUGCUUUCUGUGGCGGCUUUCUCCCAGGCUCGGUCCGGUGUCGGCAUGGCCCGAGGAAAUCAGCGAGAACUUGCCCGCCAGAAAAACAUGAAGAAAUCCCAGGAAAUUAGCAAGGGAAAAAGAAAAGAGGAUAGCUUGACCACCUCUCAGAGAAAGCAGAGGGACUCUGAGAUAAUGCAACAAAAGCAGAAGGCAGCUAAUGAGAAGAAGUCUAUGCAGACAAGAGAAAAAUGAUGACUAUUUGGAAAAACCUGGGUGCUACUGCUGACUAGGUGUAUCAUAAGCUUGAAGGGUCAAAAAUUUGUGGAGCUAACAGUUAUAUGUUAUAUCCUUAUAAAACUAUUUUAAACUUUACCUUUCAGCCUGACUUAGUGUAAUGUUUCAGAACCAUUCUUCAAAGAAUAAAACACUAACCAUUCAUGUGAUAUAUUGGUGGAUGUUGUUUUUUUAUCAGCAUUGAGCAUUUAUAUAAUUUGCUAGAGACAUAAUGUGAUGAGAUAAUAAAAUCUAUAAAUCUAGAAUAUUUGUCAUAAACUUUGUUAAAGUAGAUCUUAUUUACAAUCAACUUGAUUGUAUAAUAGAAUUUAAGAUACAUUUAUCUUAAACAAUCUAUGUUGUUUUGUGAUUAACUGGUUUGUUUGAAGAAUUUAACAUAGCACAGACCCACCUGGAAUGGCAACUAAAUGAAUACAAAUUAAAUGAAGAGUAACUUACUGAGAA